AUGUUAGCCCAAACCGCACAAAACUAUCGGUCGAUGGAAAUUCUGCAGUCUGCGGAGGCUCAACAUCAAUUAGAUUGCAGAGCUUGGCGCGGGGAAACAUGCGUUGCUUUAUUGUAUUGGCUGGCGAAUGACAAUAAAUACGAUUUGAUUGUGACUAAUAGAUCGACGCUCCCCAGGCGAGAAUACGUUAGGCUUAGAAAGGGGAUUUUGUUUUCAUGCUGCUGGGAGGACUUGUACUGGAAUUGCAUAGAGGAACGGUUUUGCUACGAUGAAGCGAUUGCAAACUAUGAUCCCGCGGAGGAUGAGUACGUUCCACAGACAAAAACUGGCAAUGGGUUCUACAAUUCGGAUGAAUCUUUGGAGAACAACAACGCUCCAAUCUGUCGUCAACCGGCCAGCAUCACACGCAGUACAAACUUUAGCUCGAAAAUCCACGAAGAUGACUUGCGCCGGGAAAUUCAAACCAACGUCCCCAUGCUUGCUCCGGAAGUGAUGGCGGUGUUUGCGAACUCACAAAUUUUCCAGGAGCAUUCUCCGUCAAAAUCCAGUACCAAGAAUCCACCGGCGGUCAAAUUUGCUUUUUCGUUGGAGCUGCCCUCCGAUGAAGCAAUUUCACCACGCUCAGAGGAUAAAACGGAUACGGCGACUUCCGACGCCAAGCGGAAGGAGGACUCGGAUAGGCUUCUCAAGCGUCUAGAAGGAUCCCAGCAGGACAUCCAGCUGAGUCGGUUCGGCACAACCACUAUCCCAGCGAUCGUCGAAGAGGAUCACGACGACGAACUGAUUCUUCGGCCGCCACGGAGUCUAGGUAGUACCGAGGCAUCAACUUCGUUCGGUGGAUCAAACUUCGCCAUCGGAAAAAAGGUAUCCCAUCUGCAGGCAGAACAACCGUACUUCCCAACCCGUCCAGCCAGCGAGAAUGACAUCUUCACCAUUUCAUCGACCAGUAACUACAAUUCGAUCAGCAUGACACCAGAGGUGCCCGCGAUAUCGUUUACAAAUCUGCCCAAAAAUUACCUGGAAACCCCAACGGUGGAAAAAUACCGCGAAUCGGUUAGCUUAUACUCGAUUCAAACGGCAGUCAGUUCCGGAAAGCCGGACUACUCAAUGCCUCGAUAUUACCGUAAAUCAGAUCUUAUCCUGAACAUGCCCGACCGGAGUAACACCCGGUUAGACGAUAGCAACUUUACUUCCUCCGCCACUUCCAUAUCAUCGGUCCCAGUGAAGCAGGUAGAGAAAAGUAAGCGACUGAAGAACAUUCGAAAUGCGCUGCCUCCACUUAAUCUGCAGCUUAUACGGGGAAAUUCUUCCGCCAAUCUUAGGGAGAAGGAAGCGAAGGAAAAACUUAAGAAAAAAGACAGUAUUAGAUUAUAGUUGAGAGAGCGAGACAUACUUAAAUCACCGGAAGCAGUGCCACGAAACAGUAUGAUUCGAUAUACUUGAUUUCAUGAAUGAUCUGUAGAUACAGUACCAAUUGGUGGUGGUUUCAUUACUUACUCUUUUCGGUUUUUAUUCGUGUUUUACUUAGCGUAUAAGUCAUCGAGAUAUUGUUAUCGGUUUUUACACCAGUGUACUUUAAGACUCUCGUGCCAAUGCUGUUAAAGAAUGGUUUAUUAUUUUUGUAUACAAAAAAUCAACUUGUUGCUUAUAAUAAAAUUAUAUUCAAUUCGAGACAGAAA